AUGCAGAUCCUGGAGGACCAUAACAAACAACUGGAGUCACAGCUAUACCGACUCAGACAGCUACUGGAACAGACUGACUCCAAGGUGAACGGUACAGCCCUGUCCUCUCCCUCCACCUCGUCCCAGCGCUCUGACACCAGUCUGCCUCUGAUGCGUGUAGCAGGCAGCCAGACUACAGAGACUAUGGGUGACGAUGAGCUGUCGAGUCCGUCCCAAGAUGCAUUGGGGCUAGAGGAGGUGAUGGAGCAGCUAAACAACUCCUUCCCACACAGCCAAGGACUGAGUGUAGGCAGUCUGUUCCACAUGGCAGAUGACCUGGGUCGAGCCAUGGAGUCAUUGGUCAACGUGAUGACGGACGAACAGAACGGCGAGUAGCGGCAGACGAGGGCCCGCCCCUUACCCACUCCCCAACCAACCCCCCCCCCCCCCCCCCCCCCCCCGCCGCAUGCUUUUCUAGUCAAAACAACUGGAUUGGACACGUUUACAAAGAGAAAAAUACAUAUAUUUUUGUGAAGGAUCAGCAUUACAAAACUUGUAGAUUUCAGUAGUUUCUUAAACGUAUUGAAAAUGGUUUUAUUAACAAAAGGCAGGUUUUUAAACUUCUAUGCAAUUGUAUAAAAAAAAAUAAGAGAAAGAAAAAGUAUGUGUAAAUCUUGUGAACGUAUUUCCAUGUCUUUGUAUGGAGCGCAUUUCACAACAUUUGUAUCAAAAAGAAAGAUUGUAAACAUAAGGGUGCUUUAUAUUACAAAACUAUGUUUAUUAUAACAACAAAACAUGAUAUACUGUAAAGGCAAUGCAGUCGUCCUGUACCCUUUCAGCGUAGAGAGACUGACUGUGUGUAUGUAUGCACGUUUGUGUGUGUCUUGGUACGCAAGGAUGUGUGUGUGUGUGUGUGACGUGUGUGAAGGUAAUCUAUUUUCCACAUUGCAUUAUAGCUUUUGCUUUGGGCUGAUGCACCUCUUGUUGUUUAUCAAACCAUCCAUCCAUCCAUAGGUCAUAGGUCAUCUUUUUCUUUAGUAGUGUCUGUUUGAUGAUCAUAAUAUGAUUCUAUGCCCUUUGCCUGCAUUCACCGCAGCUCUGGUCCACUCCUAUGUGUUGAAUCUACCAUGAGGACCCAUAGAGCACAUACUGAAAGGGCCAAUCUGGGACAUUAACAGCCGUUAUUGUUGUUUUUAAAAUUAAGGAUUGGGCCUUUAACACUGACAGAAAGAAAGUAAUAGUGCUGUUUUAAUAGCUAUUCAUAGUGCUUUUGUAGGAUUAUGGAAUUUAAUUUAAUACCAUUUAAAAUAGAGCUACGUUACAGUGUGACAUUCAGCUGUUUGUAAUCCUGAGAUGAUUUUAUUGAUUUGAAAUCUAUUUGAUUUGAUCUGAGUUCUCUCCUAGUGUGAUUGGGAGUGUUUUAAGAUACAAGUGUAUGAUUCUAGAACGCCCGGUAAUGCAAGCUCUACCUCGUUUUAAUUGGUCAAAACCCAACUUUCACAUUCUUUUUCAUUCUGAUCCGUCCCCUAUUUCCCUUCCUAGGAAGGUGCAGAAAAUAUUCUACUGUAGCUGGAUGCCAUCUUAAAGAAUCCAUCCAUGUUUUGAAAUGGAGGAGUGACUCCCUCCAGAUACGUACACUGUAGUGUCCUCAGCGUAGCUGGAUGCCAUCUUAAAGAACCCAUCCAUGUUUUGAAAUGGAAUGACUCCCUCCAGAUACGUACACUGUAGUGUCCUCAGCGUAGCUGGAUGCCAUCUUAAAGAACCCAUCCAUGUUUUGAAAUGGAAUGACUCCCUCCAGAUACGUACACUGUAGUGUCCUCAGCGUAGCUGGAUGCCAUCUUAAAGAAACCAUCCAUGUUUUGAAAUGGAGGAGUGACUCCCUCCAGAUACGUACACUGUAGUGUCCUCAGCGUAGCUGGAUGCCAUCUUAAAGAAACCAUCCAUGUUUUGAAAUGGAAUGACUCCCUCCAAUCUGAAUGUGUUCAGAUACAGACACUGUACUGUCCUCAGCGGUUCAUUAAGACAUAGAAAUGAAAUGUCAGACAUGUUAAGGAAACUGGACCAGGGUGCACUACUGUUAUUCAUCCUGGACAGACUAGAGUUGAUCUUCUGUGUGAUAAUGCAUUUGUUUUGUUUCAUUUGUGUGUUCCUUUAUGGAAUUGCAUGCUGUGGGGCGUCAGUGUGUGUGAGAUCACAGUUGAUUAAAUAUUCCCAUGCUUAUUUAAAAUCCAACCAAUUGAAGGUAUUCUUCAUGAUUAUAUUAUAGUUUCAUGACAACACCUUUGUAUUUGUUUUUGCACCAUGGUAUAGCAGCAUGAUCAAAGAUAAUGAUUCAUUAAUCCAAUACACUGCGUUAUUCAUUUCUAACCCUGGAGUUGUAUUAUCCAUCUUUUUCAAUAACUCAUUUGUUUCACAACAUAUCAAAUUCCACCAAAUAUAUGCCUUACUACUGUAUUAUAAAAUGCUUUACUGUGUCUAUCAAUAAAGCGGUGAUGUUGA